AUGACGGAUCAAGAGAAGCAAUUGCGAAGCCGAAGCAACAAGAAUGACAGCGAAUGCUGUAGUGGCAGUGCUGCGAUAAUGAAAGAGCUGAAGGCGCUGAACACAAGACUGGACCGCAUGCAGAUCGACUUGGAAAAUAAGGUCAAUUCCAGAAUUGAUAGCAUGCAAAAGCAAGUUAACUCCAGAGUGGAUCAAUUGUGUGGAUCGAUGGAGAAACUGAUAGCUGAGAAUAAGGACGCUGGGCUGAAAGAGAUUGAAAAAGCCACAAAAGACAUGCGAGCAAAUCUGGACACUGAGGUGGGAAUUCUAUGUGCAAGAAUAGAAAGGAUGGGAAAGUGAGGGAUUUAUUGCAUGACGGCCUUGGAUGUGAUACUGUGGUCCGCCCCGUUGCUGUGGAGCGGAUGAGUGCGUGAGGAAACCGACCGGGCCUUGUUAAGGUGGAGUUGAGCUCGGUGCAGGUGAAAAUUGCCGUGUUGCGCCGAGAAUCAAAGCUGAAUGAUAACGAGCGUUUCAAUAAAGUCUAUGUGUCAUCUGCGAAAUCACAUGCUGGACGACUGUUGGAACUCAACUUUAGAUCUUUGAUCCGUGAAACCGCAGUCGGGAAGGACUUCUAUCUAACUGGGAAUGGACGUUUGAUGAAGCGGACGCAGUCAUCCCGGAGUGUGGCUAGAGAAGCUGGCCUUGGCAGUGACUGA